AAACUCGUCUACAGUAAACCCGGAAGUUCUAAAAAUGUCUGCAAGUAAACAGUAGUCCACGUAUGUUUACAUUGAAAAUGAAAAUAAUUAGUGUUACAACCGUUUUGUUUGGAAUAGCUAUUGCCAUUCCACACGAGCGUUUAACAAGGGCCAUUGAUACGACAUUUUACUAUAAUUAUGCGGAUUUAACAACGUUUUUGCACAAUAUGACGGCAACUUACCCCAAUCUUGCCAAACUUCGUUCUGUCGGGAAAAGUGUUCAAAACAGAGACUUAUGGGCUAUAGAAAUUAGUGACAACAUUGGUACUGAAGAGCUCGGUGAACCCAAAUUUAAAUAUGUUGGGAACAUGCAUGGAAAUGAAGUUGUGAGCCGUCAAAUUUUGAUAUAUCUUAUUCAGUACCUUUUAGAAAAUUAUGGCAAAAAUGACAGGGUUACCAAACUUGUCAACACUGUUGAUAUCUUUAUUAUGCCUACAAUGAAUCCUGACGGAUUUGAAAGUGCCAAAGAAGGAGAAUGUGAUGGACUUUUGGGUAGAGCCAAUGCAAAUAAUAAAGAUUUAAAUAGAAAUUUUCCAGAUCAGUUUGAUAGAUUCUCUGGACAUGACAUACAGCCUGAAACACAAGCACUUAUCAAUUGGAUUGAGGGUACAAAUUUCAUCUUGUCUGCAAAUUUGCAUGGGGGCAGUGUUGUAGCAUCAUAUCCAUUUGACGAUUCACAGUCACACAGACCUACAGGUGUGUAUAGUAAAGCUCCAGACGAUGCCGUGUUCAAGCACCUGGCUCAGACUUACUCUAACAAUCACCUGACCAUGCACAGCAAUAGCCCAAGAUGUGGAGACAGAUUUACAGGGGGGAUUACAAAUGGUGCUCAUUGGUACGAUGUUCCAGGUGGCAUGCAGGACUAUAACUAUCUACACAGCAAUUGUUUUGAGAUAACUGUUGAAUUAUCUUGCUGCAAAUAUCCCCAUAGCUCACAACUGUCCCAGGAAUGGGAAAAUAACAGGGAGGCUCUACUUUCUUAUAUUGAACAGGUAAAGACAGGUAUAAGUGGUCAGAUAGUUGACAAGGAGACCGGGGAAGCUGUACCUGGAGCAGUGGUUGCUGUAGAUAAUAUAGAACAUAAUAUUACUGCUGAUAGUCAUGGUUAUUUCUGGAGACUGCUGGUACAGGGAACAUACAAACUUAAAGUUUAUGCACAAGGAUAUACAGAUUUUGAGAGUGAUGAGUUAUCUGUCCCUAACAAUGAUGGUGUUGAAGUGAAGUUUGAGCUUACUAAGAGAGCAGCUAUUACAAGUCCAAGCCCUCCGACCGUGAAGGAAUACACGUUGGACAUGCUCGUGAGUAGGGUAAAUAAGUUGAGAGAUGCUGCUCAUAGAGAGGCUACCACCCUCGUAGAUCCACUAGAAUUCAAACAUCACAACCAGCAAGAACUGGAAUCAUUCCUACGACGUUACGCUGACCAAUAUCCACACAUUACAAGAUUGUAUGACAUUGGUGAAUCUGUGGAGGGACGAACACUCUGGGUGUUAGAAAUAUCAGAUAAUCCAGGCAUUCAUGAACCAGGAGAGCCAGAGUUUAAGUACAUAGGAAACAUGCAUGGUAACGAGGUAGUUGGACGAGAAAUGUUAAUAUUGCUGAUACAGCUACUGUGUGAGAACUACGGCUCUAAUGAUUUCAUCACAGGGAUGGUAAACCUAACGCGUAUACAUAUCAUGCCCACUAUGAACCCUGACGGAUAUUCUCGAGGAACACUAGGUGAUAUUGCCGGAGUACGAGGCCGUUCAAAUGCUCAUGGUGUUGACUUGAAUCGCAAUUUUCCUGACCUAUUUGAAACGACAAAAAUUAACGCACACCAAGAGAAAGAAACACAGAAUGUGAUGAAGUGGUUGACAGAAUACCCAUUUGUGUUGUCAGCAAAUCUUCACGGUGGAUCUCUCGUUGCGAACUACCCAUUCGACGAUGGUUUAAAGGGAACGGCAGCUUUCAGCAAAUGUCCAGAUGAUACGACCUUUAUACAGCUAGCUGAGUCGUAUUCCUUGGCUCAUUCAACCAUGCAUUCAGGCCAUCCUUGCCCGCAACAGAGCAGCGAGUACUUCCAAGAUGGUAUCACAAACGGUGCCCAUUGGUAUAGUGUUGCUGGUGGUAUGCAAGACUAUAACUAUGUUCACACAAAUUGCUUUGAGAUAACAUUAGAGCUGGGAUGUACAAAAUUUCCACAGGCAACAGAGAUACCAAAGUUCUGGUCAGCCAACAAGUAUUCUCUCUUAGUGUUUAUGGGACAGGUACAUAAGGGUGUGCGAGGAUUUGUACUGGAUGAACAUACAGGUGCACCUAUAGCUAACGCCAGUAUACAAGUUACAGGCAUAAACCAUACAAUAUACUCCGCAGCAGACGGAGAUUACUGGAGACUUCUAGCUCCAAAUACGUAUCACAUACACGCCUCGGCACCUGGAUAUGAGGCAAAGGACGUGGUUGUACAUGUCAGUUUCGAUGCCGCAACAGAAUUAAACUUCACACUCACAAAGUCACCAGUACUCCAGUGGUCUAGAGACUCAGACUACGGUAUCACAGAAAAUGUCGCAAAGACAUAUUCGACAAAUAUUAAUAUCCAGACGGAACUCAGACAUCUAGCUGACGUUAAUCUAGAGAUCAUGGAAUACACAGUCAUUCACCAAACAAAUGAGGGAUAUGCUGUGCCAUUGGUUCAUCUUUCAAAGCAGUUGAAAAAUCAUGAACACGAUAAACCGCAUGUUCUGUUGAUCGGAGGUCUUCAUGGUGAUGACCCAGUUACAGUGGAAAUGUUGCUACGAUUUAUAAGGCAUUUAUUACAAGGUUACCUACAGGAAGAUAGAGAGAUUGUAUCUUUAUUGUCCAAAUGUCAUCUACAUAUUAUACCAGAAUUAGAUCCCAAUGGAAUAUCAAACGCGAGAAUGGGAGAUUGCUCGGGAGCUCGGAAUAACGGCACUUCAGAAUUCCAUAGUCUUUCACUGGAGGAUGCUAAGUUAGAUGCAUUGAGAAGAGAGUUUGUGUCUCACAAGUUCAAUUUGGUCGUAAGUCUGGCAGCUGGUGGACAAUAUGUUGUAAUCCCAUGGGAGAAUGAAUUGGAUGGAUUGAUGCAGACAGAUGACGAGGACAUAUUCCAGGCUUUAGCCCGUUCCUUUGCUGAUUCCCUGCCUUCAAUGUACAAGCCAGAAACCUGUAACAAGGAUUUACCUCAUGGUAUAAAGCAUGGUUCCCAGCUUAAAGGAGACAGUAAUGCAGUACUGAUGGAUGAAGUGUAUAACAAGUACCAUUCUUUAAUGCUGUCAGUUCACAUGUCAUGUUGUAAGUUCCCAGAAGGAGACAAGCUACCUGAGAUCUGGAUGGACUCUCUACAACCCUUGCUGAACCUCGUCUCAAAGUCUACACAAGGAACAUACGGUAAAGUGACGAAUGUUCAAGGAAGUAUGAUUCCAGAUACAAAGAUAAAAAUAGAUCAUCAUGUACAAACUCACCCUGUAACACCUACCGGGGAGUUCUAUUUCCUCAUGACGGAAGGAACACAUAUACUAGAAAUAUCUGCACCAGGUUACGAGAGCUUGACGCAGCGGGUGUUGGUGAGCAGUGACAGUGUUACAAAACUUUCCGUCCAGCUGACCUCGGAAAUAUCUAAAAUUGAUUACCAUCAAUACGAUGAUCUCCAUAAAAUUGUUUCUAACAUUACCACCGCUUGUAGUGACAGAGCCAAACUUGUCAGCUUUGGAAAGUCAAUGUCCGGUAAAGAUCUAUGGAUGGUUGACUUUGGUCCUGAAUCCGGUGAUGCUCGGUAUGUUCCGGAAAUGUUGGUUGUCGGUAGUCUCCAUGGUGAUGAGCGGGUGGGGUAUGAGAUCGCACUACAACUGGUAGAACAUCUCUGUACAAAUUACAGGAAAGACUUUAUCAUUACCAGUAUACUUGAUGAUACCAGGAUACAUAUCAUACCUACGUUAAACCCCGACGGUCUGAUGAAGUCAGAGGAGGGCAAAUGCGACGGUGGCGAAGGACAUAAGAACAACAACAACAAAGAUCUGGAUGAAACUUUCUUCUUACCGGACUCAAACAGGACGUUGACGUCCGAAUCUGAGACUAAGUCGAUGUUAGACUGGUUAAAGGAGGCGUUCAGUCCAACUGUUACAUUGGUGUUACGUGGCGGUGAUCUCAUGGUUCUGUACCCGCACCAAACAAAAACUGUACCAUUAGGGGAGGUAGACAGACAGAACCUUGUCACACUAGGGCUUGCAUAUGCUGACCGUCAUCCAGCCAUGAGUUAUAAGAAAUUUAGAUGUGGUUCUGGUAAAGGUGAGGAGACUUCUGAAGUAGGUAUAAUGGAAGCGUCAGAAUAUCAUGUACACACAGGAAGUUUAAUGGACUACAUGUAUGAUGUAUUACACAGUGCAGCUAUAUCUGUAUACAUGAGUUGUUGUAAAUACCCGAAACAGGACGAACUACUGGAUGUAUGGUUGACUAACAAAGGGUCGUUAUUGGCCCUGCUUCAACAGGCUAGGAGAGGAAUUAAAGGAGUGGUUCUAAAUAGUGCACGAGAAUUUAUGAAGAAUGCCACGAUAUCUAUAGAAGGUUCGACACAUCUGUAUCCGGUAGAUAACGGGGCAAGAUUUUGGAUCUACCUUGCUCCAGGCUCCUACAAGGUCACUGUGUCAUGUCAUGGCUACAGCCCAGUACAACAGACAUUGACAGUAAAUGAGGAUAUGGAUAGCACAGAGUUUAUUGUAACAAUGGAAAAAGAACAGAAUAUAGCUGGCUAUACUAACACAAUGUUAGUGCUUGGAAUAGGUACAAUAAUACUAGUACUGGUGUUUGUUGUAACAGCCAUUAUGUGCCUUAGAAACCGGAAAGCUCUGCCAUACUCAAAGGUCGGUUUCCGCCGGCUCAAUGUGGACGAGACCGAUUCUGAGGAUGAAAUAUUUGGUGAGGUCGGUAACAAACAAACAAAACGACUCUCAAACGGUACCAAGGAAUAUCAUGACGAGAGCGAUUCGGAUGAUGACAACGAUCAAAAUCGGUUAUUUGACACAAGAUUGGCAAGGUCAUAAAAAUGUUCUAUUUUUGCCGAGGAAAUAGAAAUAGAUCUUCGAGACAUUCCAAAUGCAUAUCAAACUUUGAUUUAAGUUCAUAAGGUGUUUGUAUUUUUAUUUUUUUUUAAUUGUUACAUAGUAUUAAGAAUUGAAAUGAUAGGAGCAAUUAUUGAUGAAUGACUGAGUUAUUAUAAUUGUACAUUUAUAAUAUUAUUAUAUACAUGUAUAUCAAUCAGGUAGGUAAAAGGAUUAAAAAUCCUCUUUGAUUUCUCUUAAUUUUUCUUCAUUUGUUUUCCUUUUUUUGAUUGAUUGAUUUUUUUGAGAAAUAUUUAAAUAUAUUUCUACCUGAUUUUAAUCUUCUGGAUUUUUUGUUAACUCUCAGUAUUGUAAAUUUUAGUAGCAUAAUUUAGAUUACAAAGAAACAAAACUAUUUUGUUUCUACUAGUUUAAGAUGUUAAAGGUAUCAGUUAAGGUAUAGUAACUUUUAUUGGUUGUUUUAAAUAUAUUGACUACUGCUGAAUACGAUUAAACAAUAAAAUGGCAACAGAUUAAGUAGCAUUUUAUUUUAUUGCAAAAAAUGUCUGAAAAUAAGGACAUUGAUUAGUAAUUGCUUUAACAGAUUUGCUUUGCAUUAUGUGUAAAGUUUUUGUGUUGCAUUUUAGUGAUUGUGAUAGUUUUAGCAUUUAAAUUAGCAUUUAAGUUAUUU